AUGGACGACGAGACAUGUGAGUUAUUUCUUGAAGCUGAUUCGCUUUUGAAUGGUAGUACUGGCAUACAUAAGAAAAUUAAAAAAUUCCCAGAAUAUCGUAAAUAUUGCCCCAAUAAUAAACCAUGCUCAACUAGGGUUGAAGGUAUUGGUGCUUUGAGCGUGUAUUUUUUUACAGCGUUAAACGAUAAUGAAAGCAAUUAUCAUGAACACUUUAUGAUGUGGUUAGCUCAUAACUUAUUUAAGAUAGCCCAAAACAGAAAAAAUGACAACGCCAGUAAAAUGACUUUAAGUUCGGCUUAUGAAAAAUAUUUAGAGAAAAAUAUGGGUAAUUUUAGACAUUUGAAUCUUUUAAAAAUGGAUUUGAAAGAUGCUAAUCUUAGGGACAUGAGCGAAAUGUAUACUUUACUUAAUUAUAUAUGUAAUACAAUUGCAUAUUAUAAAAAAAAUAAAGAAAAACAUAAGAACCUUUCUCGACAUUCUAUCAAGUGUUUUAAUCAAUAUAGAAACCUUUAUAAGGACUUUUCUGGAAAUGAUUCAUAUCUAUCUCUAUUGCAAAAAUUAAAAAAAAUAUAUGACGAUUUUAGAACUUCUGCUAUUGAGGAGGAUGCUGAUAAAAAAUAUAAUAUAAAAAAUCGUCUUCCAGAACUUACAGAAAUUAAAAAAAAAGAAUCACAUUCUACGAACAAUUUUAAAACAUUAGACUCCAAUGUUCCAGAGUAUAAACCAACAAAUAAAGAUAAUAUCUCGAAUGUUCAAGAUAAAGGAGUAAAAACUAUAACAAUCAUACCAAAGAGUAAAAAUCAAGGGGAGGAUCAAAAAAGUCAAAAGAGCACACUCGAAAAUAAAGAUGAUAAUUUAAAAGUUUCAGACCAUGAACCUCAGCAGAAGCAAGACAUUCAGUUGCCAAAACCUGAAGGUCCUCUAUUAAAAAGUGACAGCGAAUUAAAAGAUGAGGGAAAAUCUGAAGUUCCUCUAUUAAAAGGUGAUAUCGAAUUAAAAGAUGAGGAAAAAACUGAAGAUCUUCCAUUAAAAGGUGAUAGCGAAUUAAAAAAUGAGCCAACAUCCUUAAACCCUGUCAGUAAUGGUAUAGAUAUUCAAGAAAAUCCAAAUGGUCAAGAAAUUUCAAAUACUCAAGAACUUUCAAAUACUCAAGAAAGUCCAGGUACUCCAAAAAGUCCAGAUACUCCAGAAAGUCUAGAUACUCCAGAAAGUUCAGAUACUCCAGAAAGUUCAGAUACUCCAGAAAGUUCAGAUACUUCAGAAAGUCCAGGUACUCCAGAAAGUCCAGGUACUCCAGAAAGUACAGAUACUCCAGAAAGUACAGAUACUCAAAAAAGUCCUGAUAGUGGUCAAAUAAUUCCAAGCAGUGAGUCAGAAAUUAAUCAAGAUAAAUUAGAUAUAUCUCAAAAUCCAAAAGACAAUCACGAUGUUUUUGAUUUGUCAGCUUUAAAAGAAUAUUGGAAUUUAGUUAAAACCUAUAUUGAAGAAUACAGAAAAUUUGUUACUAGUUCACUUAAUGAUAUUCGAAAAAAUAUAUACGAUAAUGUAUGGCCUACUUUAAAUCAGGCUUAUAGUACAUAUGAAGAUUAUUAUAAAAAUUUUAAUAUAAUGGAAUAUUUUAAAGAAGUAAUGCAAGAAAAUGAAACACAAAGAACUGAAACAUUAGAGGAUGAACCACCAAUUAAUGGCCUAGAACCUAGCCCUCCUUUAUCAGAUGUUGAAACCCCAAAUCCCGAAAAAUCAGAUACCGAAAAACCAGAACCACAAAAUCUCUCAACACAAGAUCCCUCAACACAAGAUCCCUCAACACAAGAUCUCUCAACACAAGAUACCCAACCACAAGAUACUCAACCACAAGAUGGUCAAACAGAAGAUGGCAAAAUAGAAGAUGGCCAAACAAAAAUAUCAGAUAUUCAAGGAGAUGAUCAUUCACAAAUAUCAGAUGUUCAAGGAGAUGAUCAUUCACAAAUAUCAGAUGUCCAAGGAAAUGGUCAUUCACAAAUAUCAGAUGUUCAAGGAAAAGAUCAUUCACAAGAGUCACUUCCUACACAAAAACUUGACUCAACAAAUAAUGAACAAGAACAAAUUCCAGAUACUCCAUCUGAGGAACAGCCUCAAUCACCAGACAGUUAUACCAAUGCAUUAGCUAGUCUAAAAAUUGAAACAAAAGGCAUUGGAAUCGAUUUUAAAAAAGGUAUAUUCGAAAAAGGAUUUAUAGGAGAUUUAUUUAAAGAAAAGUUAAUUGUAUAUCCAGUUAUGAUUAUUGCAAUACUCGUUAUUUUAACAGUUAUGUAUAAGGAUUUGGGCGGAGAAAAAAGGAGAAAAAAAAAUAUGAAAAAGAUUAUAAAAUUGUUUGGUGUAAAUAAAACGACAAAAACUGUUAUAAACUCAAAUGAUGGAAAAAAACAAGUGCAAAUAAUUAUAAAUUCAUCUAGUCAAAAAAAUAAACUAAAAAAUCUAUAA